AUGGCUCGCAUCGCAACUACUGCUCUCCUGCUUUCCGUUGUCGUUGCCCCUGCCGUUUAUGGCUCUUCUUUCUCCAGCGAUAAUGAUCGUGCGGUACUUGCACGACGACAAGCUUCCGACGAGCUUGUUUCCCGGCGACUCCACAUCCAUUUGCCCAAAGUUCACUUGCCUCACAUCAAGCUGCCCCACAUCAGCGGCAAACAAUUUCUUAAUGGACUGAAGAAAUUUGGCCCCAAAAUCGGCAAGACUGUAUUCAAGAUCGCUAAACUGGCUCUUCGUGAAGACAUCGAAGAGACGCACCUUGUUGCACGGGACAUCGAUGGUGCAGAGGCUCUGUACGAGCUACUAGCCCGAUCCCCCAGGAUAUCCUUGAAAAAUAUGAUGAAGUCCGUCAAGAAGAUGAAGAAAUACGUCAAGACAGGGGCAAAUCUAGCACACUCAGUCGGCUUGCUACGUCGCGGUAUGGGCGAUGAUUGGGAGGCCGAGAUCGUCGAGCGGGCGUUAGAUGAACUGGAUGUUCUUGAUGCCCGAGACCUUUACGCUCACUUGACACUCUUGGAGCGAGCCAUCGUGGCAGUCGAUAACGAAAAGCGGGAAUGGAAUAUGGGCGAGAGGGGUUGGGCCAGAGAAGAUCAAGAGGUACACGCUCGCGAUGAUACAUCGGACACCCACUUUGCACGCCACUACAGCGAUUAUGGUCUAGAAGAUCUUGAUUGA